AUGACCCAGGAUCCUUGGUUUGUCAAGUUUUACGCUCCCUGGUGCCACCACUGCCAGGCUUUGGCUUCCACGUGGACCCAAGUCGCCAAGGACAUGAAGGGCGAACUCAAUGUUGGCGAGGUCAACUGCGACGAGGAGUCAAGACUCUGCAAGGAUGUGGGUGUUCAAGGCUAUCCCACCAUUAUCCUUUUCCGAGGCGGCGAGCGAGUAGAGUAUGAAGGUCUUCGUGGUCUUGGGGACUUGCUCCACUUUGCCGAAAGCGCCGUUGCUCUUACGAGCGGCGUUCCCGAGGUCGACGCCGAGAGUUUCAAGGCCAUGGAGGAAAAGGAAGAGGUCAUCUUUGUCUACUUUUACGACCACGGUAUCGCGACGGAGGACUUCCUCGCCCUCGAGCGCAUCCCCAUCCACCUCGCUGGACGUGCUAAGCUCGUUCGGACUCGCGACCCCGAACUUGCGAAGCGAUUCAAGAUCACCACCUGGCCCAGGCUCAUGGUCGCCCGCGAAGGACACCCUACCUACUACACUCCGCUAGCGCCCAAGGACUACCGUGAUGUCAACGCCAUGCUUCGGUGGGUCAAGUAUGUCUGGUUGCCCAUUGUCCCCGAACUUACCGCAUCCAACGCGCGUGAGAUCAUGGACGGCAAGAUUGUUGUACUGGGCAUCUUGAACAGGAACAACGAGGAGGCGUUCAAGGAUGCUCAGCGCGAGAUGAAGAGCGCCGCCAACGAGUGGAUGGACAAGCAGAUUCAGCUCUUCCAGCUCGAGCGCCAGGAGCUUCGCGAUGCCAAGCAGCUACGGCUCGAAGAGGCUAAGGACCGCAACGAUGAACGUGGAAUUCGGCAAGCCAAGGCCAUCCGCAUCAACAUGUCCAUGUCGGACAAGAAGCAAGUCACCUUUGCCUGGGUUGACUCCAUCUUUUGGCAACGCUGGAUCCGAACCACCUAUGGCAUUGACGUCAACGACGGUGACAGGGUCAUAAUCAAUGACGAAGACAACCGACGAUACUGGGAUACGACCAUUACUGGCAAUCUCAUUACCCCUUCGCGCACAUCCAUCAUGGAGACUAUUGGAAAGGUCACCGCCUCACCGCCCAAGAUCAAGCCCAAGCUUACUAUCUCGAGCAUUGAAAAGGUCUUCUUCGACUUCCGCAUGGCCUUUGUCGAACACCCCUGGCUCAGCACCGCCUGCGUCUUUAGCAUUGCUCUCGCCGCCCUGUCUUGGUUCCGCGGCCGGCUCCGAAGGACCCGUCCUAACUUCAGGCUCGAGGAUGCCAUGGGCAUUAAGGAGCUCAAGGAAGGCCUCCUUGGAGGACCAAGCUCGAACAAUGGCAAGAAGGACUAA